AUGGGAGGCUUGAAAAGAAAGAUACCUACAGACAAGAAGAUAGAAAAGAAAGAAUCCAAAUCCGUUGCUUUCUCCAAACGACGCAGAGGUCUUUACAGCAAAACCGCGCAGCUAUGUGUUCUCUCCGGGUCUCAAGCCGCUAUCUUAGCAACUCCACCAUGUUCCAAAUCCAACGUCUCCUUCUACUCUUUUGGUCACUCUUCCGUUGAUAACGUCGUCUCUGCUUUUCUCAAGAACCAGCGUCCUCGAGAAGAUCAUCUAGGUUCAGAGUUUUGGUGGAAUGACGAGCUUCUUGCUGAGUCAGAGGAUCCGGAGGAGUUGAGUGAGGCGGCUGGCUCUAUGUCGAGGAUGAUACAAAACCUAAAAGGGUUGCGUUCAAAGGCCUUGGCGAAGAAGAUGAAGGGAGUUGUUCUUGAUAAGAGUCAAACCCUAAAUCUCCAGUCUAAUUAUGCAAGUAGUAGCUGCAUUCAUGAGGGGGUUGUCAAGAACUUUAAAGAGGAGGAUGUUGUUAGACGUGAAACCCUAGGGUUUCAACCUUCUUUGGCAAGUCUUUGCAUUCAAGAUGUUUCACGUGAGAAUAAUGUGGAAGAGUUUGUCAGCAAGAGUGAGGAGAAUGAUCAGAUUGUAGCGUGUUCUGAAAGCAACAACAACGGUUUACUUGGAAACCUGGAUGGGUUUAAUCUUGAGGAUGACUUCAUUGAUAUUGAGAUGAACUCUGAAGGCUUUAUAACAACGAAACUGGAGAUGGAUGAUGUGUCAACGAAUCAGUACUCGUCCACUGGUUCUGAAGGUGCUGAAGAGGGAGCAAUGGUGGUGAUUCACUCAAAUAAGGAUAAUAAUGAGAUGGUAGCGGUUUCUGACAGCAACAAAGGAGACUUGUAUGGGUGCAACCAAGAGUUUGAUAUUGAUCAAAUAUUUGAUCUGGUGGCGUGUACUGAAGAUCUAUCCAUGAACUCUGAGAUGAAUGAUGAUGUGUCCAUGAUGAUGAAUCAAACUUGUUGCGCUAACUCAGAAGCUGUUGAAGAUGGAGGAGUAGUGUUACACAAAGAGUUGGAACAGGAUAAUCUCCGCUUCUCUGAUUUUUUCAGUGGCUUAUUCUUCAACGGUGAAGUUUGA